AAACAACGACUGAAGUGUACAAUGGACGAGGAGUCGUACCGGGACAUAAGCGGCGUGUGGCUUCACAAGGCGUUCCGCGAGGAGAACGUCCGCUCAGCCAUCCAGUACAAACCCCGAAAGGGCGACGUCUUCAUCGUGACGUAUCCGAAGUGCGGCACCAACUGGGUUCAGUUCAUUGUGUACAGCAUACUCACCAGGGCCAAGCCUCUUCCGAGCCUGCGCGAGCUUGGCCUCCUGAGUCCCUUCAUCGACAUGAUCGGAGCCGAGGCGGCCGAGAAUCCAUCGAGAAGCGGUCCAAUCAUGACUCACCUUCCACCGAGUGUCCUUCAGCCUGUCCAAGGAUGCAAGUACAUAUACGUGACGAGGAACCCGUAUGACUGCGCCGUGUCCUUCUACCACUUCAUCAAAGGAUUUACGCUCAAGACAGUCGCCGAUGUGUCGUUCGAGAAGUUCCUCUCCAUGUUCCUGGCGGGAAAGGUUAUUUACGGCGACUACUUCGACCAUCUCCUUCCUUGGUACCAGCGCCGAGCCGAUGAGAACGUUCUGUUUCUAACAUACGAGCAGCUCAAGGAAGACACGAAAGGCCAGGUACUCCGGAUUGCCGACUUCCUCGGUGAUGACCACGGUGCUGCUCUUAGGGAAGACGAAGUGCUGUUUCAGCGAAUCUUGGACGCCUGCAGUCUUGAAAACAUGAAGGCUUUCUUCAAAGAUCCACCGUCUCAGCGGAUAAAGCAAAUAGUGAAGGCGGCGCCCGAAGCGUCUCCGAAGUCGACCGAGUCUCAGAGCAGGGGUGCGGAGAGAAACGUUGGAAAACACGAAGGUUCCGGCUUUGUGAGGAAGGGCAUUGUCGGAGAUUGGAAGAAUUAUUUUUCACCGGAGCAAGUAGAGAAGACUAAGGCUUGGAUCGCCUCUAAAACGAGCGGAAGCGACGUCAUGGAGCUUUGGCGGGACCUAGAUCUCCCAUGACGUUUAAUCUUUAGCUGCAUUUGAGGUAAUAAGAAGACAUAGCAGGGUUUUCAGUGGUCAUGUUUGAUAUAUGAGAGAAUAUAUUUGUCUUGCUUCAUCAUUUU